AUGGUCUCCCUCGCGAAAAUAACCUCUAUGUCGCGACCACGGUGGCGGCUGUUGCACGGCCAGGGUUCCGCCAGCGAGCUGCGCGGCGCGGUGUACCUGGAGGCUCCUCCACCUGUCGAAGGUCGUGGUGUCAUCGCUGGCUUGGGUGUGACUCCGCCCCUCCCUCUGCAGCGCCGCGCGGCCCUGGGGUGGGGAAGCGGUCCCCUGCCGACCCCUAACCUGCAUUGCUGCACUCCUUCCCCUGUCAUUCCUACCACCCCUGAACACCAAGCUCCCUCACUCAUAAAUUAUACUACUCCUGCAACCUCUGUCUCCCAUCACCCUGAACCCCAACCUCCCACCACUCUCCCCGGUACAGCUCCAUCCCGGCAGCCCUCGCUACUCAUUCCCAUUUCCCGCCCCUCAUUCCCCGGCCAGGUACACGACACCCUUGUCCCGUGGCCACCUGACGAGGCGGCGCGGCGGUGUGAGGGAGGUUUCUAG